AUGGGCCACCCUAGGUACCAGGGUGUGAUGGUGGGUAUGGGUCAGAAGGACUCUUAUGUUGGCGACGAGGCCCAGAGUAAGAGAGGCAUCCUGACCCUGAAGGACCCCAUUGAACACAGCAUUGUCACCAACUGGGACAAUAUGAAGAAGAUCUGGCACCACACCUUUUACAAUGAGCUUCGUGUGGCCCCUGAGGAGCACCCUGUGCUGCUCACCGAAGGCCCCCUGAACCCUAAGGCCAACCGUGAAAAGAUGACCCAGGUCAUGUUUGAGGCCUUCAACAUCCCAGCCAUGUACGCCAUCCAGGCUCUGUUGUCCCUGUAUGCCUCUGGUUGUACCACUGGCAUUUUGAUGGACUUCGGAGAUGGGGUUACCCACACUAUGCCCGUCUACAAGGUCUAUACCAUGCUGUGUCUGGAGCUAACUGGCUGGGACCUGACAGACUACCUCAUGAAGAUCCUGACCCAGCGUGGCUACAGCUUCACCACCAUAGCUGAGAGGAAAAUCCUGCGUGACAUCAAAGAGAAGCUGUGCUAUGUCAUCCUAGACUUCAAGCAGGAGAAGGCCACUGCCGCAUCCUCUUCCUCCCUGGAGAAGAGCUAUGAGCUGCCUGAUAGACAGGUCAUCACUAUUGGCAAUGAGUGGUUCCAAUGCCCCAGGGCUCUUUUCCAGCCUUUCUUCUUGGGUAUGGAAUCCUGUGGCAUCCAGGAAACUACUUUCAAUUCCAUCAUGAAGUGUGACGUUGACAUCCGUACAGACCUCUGUGCCAACACAGUGCUGUCUGGUGCCACCACCAUGUCCCCAGGCAUUGCUGACAGGAUGCAGAAGGAGCCCUGGCUCCUAGCACCAUGA